UGUUUAUUUCAGGAGCAUAGCUUAGGCAGUGAUGUUCCUUUGAAGAAUCUAGAUAGGAAUCUCUCCUCAUUUUCCUUCAGUUAAAAUAUGGAUAAGAUUCAAGUUUGGAGUUGUCUUCAAGUGAUCUUAGCAUAAGAGAAAAAGGCAGCUACAGUGAAGAAGAUAAUCCAUCUGUCAAUGGGUUCCAGGAAUUCAAUCAUCGCGAGUUCGAGCAUCUCAGCAAAACUUUUAAGUAGCUUGUCUUCACAUGAUGGACUUGGACUUUGUGGAGCACAAAUCUGUGAUAAGGCCAUUGGUAGCAGAGAACUGGAACAGAGCAUUAUAAAUAUGGAAACUGCAAAGAGAUGCCUUGUUCACUAUAAUUCGAUGUUGGAUAACCUUAUUCUCAAAAAGAACUAUAGAAUGAAAGGAUCUAUAAAGAAAGUGCAUUCAAUUAAAAUUUAUCCUUCAAAUUUUCAUGAAUCUACUAUGUCAGGAAGCAUUUUUCCUAUGUCAGAAAAGGAGCCCUUGGAUGAGUUGCUUAUAGAGAACAGCUUGAUUGAAGAUAGGUUCUGCAGAAAUUUUUUAUCCUGUUUAUGGAAGCAAUGGCAUUAUGACUAUGGAAUCUUCACUAUUCUAACAACACCAUUAUUUACCAGUCCAGAGUGCUCUUCUCCAGAUGGGCAUACAUAUCUGCAACUGUUUGACACUAAAAAGAAUAAUCUCUUUGUGGUGAAAUCCCCACCUGAAAGCUUCUUCAUUCAGGUAGGGGAAGCAGCUGAUAUCUUGUCAUGUGGUAAGCUUUGCAUUACACUUAUUCUGUUGGCUGACCUGUUGAAAUAUUCUGAAACAAGUAGGAAGUUGUUGUCAAGCUUCGAGACAUCUGGGUCUUGUGACCAAAAAAACAAAAAUCUUCAAAAAAGUCCACUAUCCUCUCGAUUGAGAGAUGGGAUGACACUUGCAGAAUUCUCACGUGAAACCACCAGGCAGUACUAUAGUGACAGCGGACCACAGUCUGUUAGCUAA